GAAAUGCAGUUCUGUGGUCUAGGAAGGUUCAAACUUAAACGAACUCCAUCGCUGGAGUUGACCCCCGGGAAUAUCCUACGAUAUUCAGCUCAUCUUCUUUGUUGUAGCGCAACCACAGCGUGUGUACGCUACAGGAACAUACACAUCUUACGUACAUGUAUGCAAUUGGGUGAAACGUAUUCAAUGUCGGCGGGAGUCAGCUGAUCGGUCACGUGAUUUGCAGGAGUGAGAAGUGUGUCACAUGUUUGUCUGCCGUUUCCAGUCGAGCAGAUCUGUGAAGCAAAUCAGUCCAGCGAAAUGGCUUUGCGAAGCGACUUCCCCGCGGGAGUUGUCUUAGCACUAUUCGUGUUCAUAAGUGCAUCGUUCAUCCCCUGCGAAGCGCGCGUGAGAAGACAUUUCUGGCCGAAGCAUACGCUCGCCAAUGGCAGCGCAGAAGAGCUGUGGUUCACUCAGAGAUUGGAUCAUUUCAACGGUGCCGACAGCAGAAUUUGGAAACAGAGGUACUUUGUGAACGACACUUUCUUCAGAAGCGACGGUCCGGUUUUCCUGAUGAUCGGUGGGGAAGGUCCGGCGAAUCCCGCCUGGAUGCAGUUCGGAAGCUGGCUGACGUACGCACAGAAGCUCGGUGCUCUGUGUUUGAUGCUGGAGCACCGCUUCUACGGAAAGAGCCAUCCCACAGAGGACAUGAGCACACUGAACCUGCAGUACUUGAGCAGUCUCCAGGCUCUGGCUGACCUGGCGCACUUUCGCGUGGUGAUGGCGGAUUCUCACGGGCUGGCAGACAGGAAGUGGGUGGCGUUUGGGGGGUCGUACCCCGGCUCCCUCGCGGCCUGGUUCCGCCUGAAGUACCCACACCUGGUCCACGCUGCCGUGGCAACCAGCGCACCUGUACAUGCCGUGGUCAACUUCCCUGAGUACCUGGAGGUGGUGCACCGCUCCCUGGCUGCUGAGAGCCUGGACUGCCCCCUGCUGGUGCAGAAGGCUUCUGACACCCUGCUGGAGCGGCUCAAAGACCCAAAGACCUACGAUAACAUCACCAAGGACUUCGGGUUGUGUGAGAAGCUGCAGAUCCAGUCUGAUAAGGACUCCGCGUACUUUCUGGAGACGCUCGCCGGGAACUUCAUGGAUGUGGUCCAGUACAACCAGGACAACCGGGAAUUUGAGGGUGCCAUUGGGACAAACAUCACCAUCCAGGUGUUGUGUGGGGUGAUGUCGGAUGCGUCGCUGGGGCAACCGUACGACAGGUACGCUGCCGUGGCCCGCCUCAUGCUGCAGACCUUCUCCCAGAAGUGCCUGGACGCCAGCUACGCCAACUACCUGCGCGACAUGAGGAACGCGUCCUGGAGCAGCCCCGCCUCGGGAGGACGGCAGUGGGUGUACCAGACCUGCACAGAGUUUGGGUUCUACCAGAGCACCGACUCGCCUAACCAGCCCUUCGGCGGGUUCCCCCUCCCGUACCAUGUGCAGCAGUGUGCGGACAUAUACGACCCCUCCCUGACCCUGGACUCCAUCACCACCGCCGCACAGCAGACCAACGAGCGGUAUGGCGGCUACGAUAUCCGCACCUCCCGCAUCGUGUUCCCCAACGGCUCCAUCGACCCCUGGCACGCCCUGGGCAUCACCCGCGACCUCAGCGAUGACCUGCCCGCCAUCUUCAUCCAGGGUACGGCGCACUGUGCAAACAUGUACCCAGCAUGGGAUAAGGACCUGCCCCAGCUCAGCCUGGCCCGAGACCAUGUGUUUCUGCUUCUGCAUAAGUGGCUCACACAGUGAACCCCCUCCCACCCCGCCCGCGAUCACCGUGGCGAUGAUGUUCCUGCAUCAGCAGCUCAAAGGCCCCCCCCCGGCCCUGACGAUGCUUCCUACAGCCCGCGGUCGCCGUGGCGAUGAUGUUCCUGCAUCAGUAGCUCAAACGCUCCCCCCUGGCCCUGACAACGCUUCCUACAGCCCGCGGUCGCCCGUGGCGAUGAUGUUCCUGAAGCACUUUACUGUCCCUCCCUGUGGCACUGCUUCUGAAAGUAACAGUGUUGAGGUUCUGUAACCUCUCUCUGUUGGUUUGUGUGUGAAACCGGCUUGGCCACCUCCAGGUUUAACGACUCUUUGAUCUUCCGCAACAGAUGGUUUACAUAAAGGUCUCUCAAAUUCACAGAAAGGUUUCAGAAUUGGAAACUGUAAAAUAGUCUAAGAAUUGCACUGAAGUGUCCAUGUGAGAAAGCCUUGGGGGUGGCUCUCACCAUUGGCUGUUUUUACCAAACCCCUGAAUGUUCAUAAUAAAAUAUAAAACAGGAAAUCCA